UGUCGCUCCAGCUCUAGUCCGAAUAGCAAAACAAAAAAAAAUUCUAAACGAGCGGUUGUGUCGUCGAACGCAAAAUAGCGCGCCUCCGCGAAUGACGCAGACUAGAAGCUUCCACUUGGAUGACAAUCGGCCAAAUAAUUUCCAACAAUAGCGGUGCACUUGCAAAUUCCCGUUUCACCAGCAUUGUGCAUUGCAAGCAACAACAAUUACCGCAAAGCAGUAGCAAUAAAAACAGCAACAACAACAACAACAGGGAGAACGGCAGCUUCUUAUUGGCGCAUACAAAAUCGCAAUUUGGCCUCUUAAAAGUUUCUAAAACGCCAGCCAUGUCCGACGCGGCCAAGUCCAACAACAAUGCGUCUGCCGAUGCUCCUGCUCAGGCCACUCCAGACGCCGCUGGAGGACCUGACGAGGUCAAUGAGGGCGCUCCGACAACUCCCCGAGGCAAUCACAACAACAACAACAGCGCCAACGGCAGUGGCAAAAGCAAGAACAAACUGAAGUCGACGCAGAACAGCAGCGGAGGCGGAAGCAUUGACAAGCUCUCGCCAGAUCAGGACAUCUUCAUCAACGCCGCCGACGGUCUGCCCAACCAGCAUCCUUCGCUACCGAAGGAGGGCGACGUGGACAGCGACACGGAGCCGGAGGUAGACGCAGACUCGUUCGACGACCUACCCACCUCGAUCAUCGUGACCAACAUCCACUCGGAGGUGUUCGCCAACCCGGAGCUGAAGCACGCCAUGGAGGAGUUGUUCCGCACUUUCAGCGAAUCGGCCACGUUCCAGUGGCUGCGCAGCUUCCGCCGCCUGCGGGUGAACUAUGACAACGCCAUUGCGGCGGCCAAUGCGCGAAUCAAGCUGCACCAGUACGAGUUCAACAAAAAGACGGUAAUCACCUGCUACUUCGCCCAGCCGGUGACACCGGUCAGCAACAAAAACCUGCAGCCGCCGGCGCCGGUCAAACAGUUCCUUAUCUCGCCGCCCGCCUCGCCACCAGCCGGUUGGGAGCCACGCGAGGAGGGCGAGCCACUGGUCAACCACGACCUGCUGGCCGCCCUGGCCAGCCUCACGCCCGGCGAGUCCCACGAGCUGCAUCCACAGAGCGAGGACCAGCCGGCCAUUAUUGUGCAUACGGCCAUGCUGGCGGAGAGCGGACCGGGACUGCAGGUUAAGGCGCCUAUCGUCCAGACCAAGUGCCCAGAGCGGGCAUAAUCAUCAGGUGGAGACGAAGUUGAAGCUGAAAACAUAAGUUGUACAUCCAAACGAACAGGACAACGGGCUGGGACUCAUGCUCCGCGGUAGGAUGGGGCUUGGAUUGAGUAUUUUAUGUAAAUAUUAUCCGAUUCAAUUGUGAUUAAUUUACACAUACAUAUAUUUAGCUACGUUCGUAUGUUUGUAUUACUAGGCACUCGAACCCCCAUACCAGACAUACUUUCCCACCCUUCCUUUGAAGUGUAGCAUUUACCCCAAUUGGCUUCUGAUACAAGUUCUUUGGCUAGCAGCCGCAUCUAGAUGUGUUUAUCUCUCGAUUUGAGUGUGUCUAUGUGUAUGAAUAUCGAUGUUAACCCAUCGCGAUUACCUGCUAACGAUAUCUCUAUCUCUCUGUACCUUCGAUGGGAAAUCGCUGCCAGAGGCGCUACCGACAACCGCGAACCGAAAUCCCAGAUAUAAAGCUACUAUGUCUAUGUAAAUGUUAAUGUAAUUCUAAGCCAGCGAAAUUGUGUAACGAUAUCGUAUCAGAUAUCGGAAUACAAACGUAUAUAACUCUAUAUGCCUACGUGUAGUUAAAAUUUAAAUUGAAAAUAUAUUCAGAUUCGAAAUGAAUGUUCUCAAAUGUACCAAAUAAAACAAAAAAAAGAAAUACCGAAAACGAAACAAAAACAGCAAAACAAAAAACAAAA